AUGACCAAGAGAGGACACAUCUGCAUUCUGAAGUUUACCGGAGCAUUUACAACUAGGGUGUUCAGGGUGCGGGUUUAUCUUAUGUUUAAUUCGGUGGCCUUCCACUCGCUGGUGGUCUUGGCUCACAUCAGAUGCCAGAAUCCCAUGAAAAAAGCGCGUACGUAUUAUAGUUUACAAACUGCAGUCACGGCACUGAGGGUCCUUGGUGACGUCAAUGUCCUGCAGGUCUGUCGUUGCUGUAUUUCAAAUCUGUCAUCUCCCCUGAUCCGUGGGGAGGCCAGGGAGGUGGCCCGCUGCUCGGGCUUUACUACUCUGGGCCGGGCCCAUCUGGAGGCAGCAGGACACAUGUGCAUUCUGAAAGAUGCCUUUGACUUUGAGAGCCCGUCUGAGAUUGCCAGGAUCAUCAUGGCCGAGAACUGCGAGGCCGCCUUGGCUCUGCACCUCUAUAGAGGAGGCAGACUUCUGCAGGGUCUUCAAAUCCCUUUUGGAAUCAUCUUUGGUGGAACUGAUGUAAAUGAAGAUGCCAACCAGGAGGGAAAAAACAGAGUGAUGGGCAAAGUACUCGAGGAAGCCAGGUUUGCCGUGGCUUUCACUGAGUCAAUGAAGGAGAUGGCACAGGAGCAGUGGCCGCAUGCUAAGGGUAAGAUCUAUGUCCAGAGUCAAGGAAUUACAACAAUACCCAAUGCCGCCUUCAACUGGAACACCUUUCUGCAGCGUUCAGAGAUCAGCCAAAGUGCCGACAACUUACACGUGUUUCUUCUGAUUUGCGGAUUGCGGCAAGUUAAAGAUCCUCUCUAUCUGGUGGAUGCGUUUUCAGAAUGGCAUCAAGAAGAGCCCAAUGUUUACAUGGUAAUCGUGGGUCCGGAGGUUGAUCCAGUGUUUACAAGGGAAGUAAAAGCCAAAGUGAACAGGGCUGCUGGGGUCCGCCUGAUAGGAGAGAUGCCCCGGGAGGACCUCCACGCCGUGGUGAAGAAUUGCUUCGCUGUGGUCAACAGCUCUGUCUCUGAAGGCAUGUCAGCUGCCAUCCUGGAGGCCAUGGAUCUGGAAGUCCCGGUGCUGGCCAGGAACAUCCCUGGGAAUGCAGCUGUGGUCAAACAUGAAGUCACGGGACUGUUGUUUUCAGAUCCUCAGGAGUUUGUUCAAUUGGCGAAGAGGCUGAUUAGUGACCCUGUAUUAGAGAAAGACAUGGUGGCCCGUGGCAAGGAGUAUGUGGAACGGCAUCACUCGUGGCGGGUGGAGAGAGACACCUAUCAGCAUCUGGUCGGGAUACUCCAGGGAAGUUCUGAGGACUAGGGUGUGUACCAUCUAAUGACUGUCUCCUCAGAGACUCCACUGGGGAUUCUGGUCACGGAGCCAAGCCAGGACAUCUGUGCCUAUCCUGGUGGAAUCCUAGACAUGAGGGUGGUGAGUCCUGGCCGCUGCCACCAUCCUACACCCUUCUUUGAGCCCAGAUGCCCCCAGGGGUGUUCCCCUGUUGGUCCUGCUGAAGGUGCUUGAGCUGAGGGCUGCAUGGGGCAGGGAGGACAGCCUGUUUCCAUGGAAUUUGGGGAGAAUUUGAUCAGCUGCUUUAAGACUUUGACAUGGACACUGGAGGCUCAUUUUCAAGCUGUCACGUUUCAGACCCCGCCCCGCCACCUGCCUCUGAGCGACCUCCGCCCAUCUCUGCCAGUCUCAAAAGUAAAAACAAAAAGCAGACAUGCCAGCUGGAGCACUGAAAGCAUUUCAGGCAUGAUCCUGGGGCCCCGGCAGGCACAUGGAUGGCCCUGACAUCUCUAAACACUAGGAUGUGCAAUGAAGGAGCUCAGUCUAGCACAUCUCACUCUUCAGGUUUACUUGACAGUGGGUGUGCUUUCUAGGAAGAUGGCCAGGCUACUCCUCAGCCCUGCCCACCUGCUGGUCCAACUUAAGCUGAAAACCAGGUUGGAACAAGGGUCACUUCACCCACCAGAGUGACUCCAGGAUAGAGGCUGGGGCUUUGGGUCCAGGCUGGGUUGUUCUUCCAGCACCAGGGAGCCGGCAGUGGGUGUUGAGUGGGUCACUGGGUCUCCAGCCCUCGACAGGACCAGGACUUGGACCUGCAGGAUGUCACUGAGACAGUGUGGUCAGCCCAGUGGUCACCGCAGUGGCGGCCUCACCACACCGGAUGUCCUCCCUAAAAGUAGUCUUCACCGUCCUCAAGCAGCCUGGAAAAGCUGCCAGUGAAAAUUGAAAUCA